AUGAUAACCUUCCUUGUCCAACGUUACUUUCCUGGUCCUCGUAGCAUCUUCAACCCCAAGAAAGUCUCAGCUCGAGAUUUGUUGGGUUCCUUCACGUCGGACAUUGACAUUGCGUUAGAUUGGUGGUUCUAUGUGGAGACUGUUAUCCAUUUCGCAGACGAAGUCCCUGACGUACUGCAAAAAGUCCAUUUGGGCUUUACAAUUCUGGGAACCCUCUCUUGGCUGGCAUUGGCAUCGGACGGACGAGCCGUCGAUUGGUUUGUGAUCAAACCACUGCAAUGCAUGGAAUGUCUUUGGUUUAGUCUUCGUCGGUGUUGUUGUUGCCAAUCGGAAUUGGCGGCGCGAAGUUCUCGAAAAGUUGGAGCCAGUAGCAGCAAAGUCAUGCAAUUGUGGGAACAAUCCCAGUCUGAAGCCGAAGAGACUUUGGGCAUGGACUUGAGUUCGGUGCAACUAUCCACGGGCUUUUUGCUGCUCUGUGGCGUGAUUAUGGAGGAUGUUCCUCAAGUAAUCUUGACAUUUCUGAUUCAGCAGCACAAAGGCGAGGACGGAACCGCUGGGUUGGUCAUUGCCAACAUGCUCACAUCCGUCUACAAUGCCUUCAUCAAGCUUGCGGAUGCCUAUGAUCAACGACAAGAUAUUGUUUCCGUAUCAGAACGCAGCUAA